AAGACUUUUUAUGCCAAACUUUGAACUUUUCUCCUCAAUAGUCAAACCCAAAACCCAAACCAUAGACACCAGCACACAAAGUACAAACAAAAAAAGUAAGCAAAAAACAACAAUCUUUGGUCAAGUAAUUCAGCUGCUUCUCCGUGUCCUUUGAAUCUUGUUCUAUCUUCAAAGGUGUAAAGUUUGAAUCUUUUUUCCCAUUUGUGUGUUGGGAGCAAAAAUGGGAGGAGUUUGUGCAGGUGGGACAGCGAAAAAUAGAGCUGAGAUUCACCAUGAGCAUGAGAGUACCUCGGGGUCUUCGAAAAAGCUAAAGUCAGUGAAGAGCAUUGGAAAGGAGAAGAAAGAUGAAUCUUUUUCAUCAUAUCCGGAUGUUGGUGCUUUUCGUGGGACGCCUAAUCUCUAUGAUUCAGGGGAAUUGUACAUGUCUAUGUCCAGGGAUUUAAAGCCAUCUACACCUGCUAGGACAGGAGGGAACAAGGCUCCUAGUUCUUUUCUUGGAAAGGCCAGUAUAGUCGGCCUAGAGAAAGCAGUGGAAGUAUUAGAUACACUUGGGAGCAGCAUGACAAAUUUGAACUCCGGAGGCUUUACGACAGGAAUGGCAUCAAGAGGGAAUAAAAUAUCUAUUCUAGCAUUCGAGGUAGCGAAUACUAUUACCAAAGGUGCAAAUUUGCUGCAAUCUCUUUCCAAUGAAAAUGUCGAGUAUUUAAAGAAGGAAAUUCUACCUUCAAAAGGAGUGCAACAGUUGGUUUCUACUAAUAUGAAGGAGCUGCUUGCUAUUGCUGCUGCCGACAAAAGGGAGGAAUUUGACAUUUUUUCUCGCGAAGUCAUUAGGUUUGGAGAUAUGUGUAAAGACCCACAAUGGCACAACCUAGAUCGAUUUUUUUCCCGGUUGGACUCGGACUCUCUUACUCAUAAACAAUUAAGAUCGGAGGCUGAAUUGAUGAUGCAGGAAUUGAGCACUCUGGCUCAGUAUACUUCUGAAUUAUAUCAUGAGCUGCACGCACUGGACAGAUUUGAACAGGAUUAUCGGAGGAAACUUGAGGAGUUAGAUUCUUUAAAUCUACCUCGAAAAGGAGAAGGUCUCAUGAUGUUACAUAGUGAGCUCAGACAUCAAAGAAAAAUUGCGAGGGACUUGAAAAAGAAAUCUCUUUGGUCCAAGAGUUUGGAGGAGAUUGUGGAGAAGCUUGUUGAUAUUGUUACUUAUAUACAUCAAGCGAUUGUGGAAGCAUUUGGGGACAAUGGAUUGACAUCUGCUAGCAAGGAGCCUGCAAAGAAUCAAGAAAGACUUGGAGUAGCUGGUCUUUCUUUACACUACGCGAACUUAGUAACUCAAAUUGAUAACAUUGCUUCACGCCCCACCUCUCUUCCCCCUAACAUGAGGGAUGGAUUAUAUAACGGAUUACCUCCCUCUAUAAAAACAGCCCUUCGUUCACGUCUGCAGGCGGUUGAUGCAAAGGAAGAGCUCACAAUUCCUCAGAUAAAAGCAGAUAUGGAAAAAACUCUCCAGUGGCUUGUCCCAGUAGCUGCAGAUACUACAAAAGCACACCAAGGCUUUGGAUGGGUUGGAGAGUGGGCUAAUACCGGAAGCGAGUUUGGCAAGAAGACCCCUCCACAAGUCAACCUCAUUCGAUUGCAGACACUCUACCAUGCGGACAAACAGAAAAUGGACUAUCAUGUCCUCGAGCUCGUGACAUGGCUUCACCGUCUGAUCAGCCUUGUAAGAUUUAAUGGACCCAAAGCUUUCCCAGUACGAUCACCAACACGCAAAGGACUUAUUCUGCAGACUGAGGUGACGAAUACUAACCCAAAAACGCCUAAAGUCCAGAUUUCUGUGGAAGAUAGAAACUUACUCGAGAAGGUGAUGAAAAGGCGAUCUUUGGUUCCUGGAAGAAGCAAAAGCCAGGAAUUUUUGUUGCCCAAAAAUCGGAAGAAGGUGUGGGCGCUAAGUAGAAGCAUGGGUAACUCUCCCUGUACAGAGUUUAAAAAUCCGAAGGCUAAUGUUUUGGAUAUAUUAGAUGGCUUAGAUUCAGCAUUUUGAGUUCCUAAAAAAGAUUUCAAGCAAAAAGUUCAUUUUUUUGUUUUCUUGAUUCUUAGCUACCUCCUCUUUGGAACUAUAGCCUCUUGUAUAGUUUCCAUCAUAUGGUGAUUGGGAAAUGGUAAUGCUGUAGCGUAUUUAGAUUAUAGUGGAAGUGACUGUUCAUGGGUGAUAGGAAUGAUGUUUAUUGGGCAUUUUGCAGGCUGACUUUCCUAAAAUUGGUGUAAUUUUCUAUGAAUGUCUUGAUGAUAUAAAGUGCAGUUUUGUUAUA